UAGAAUAAUCAGCUUUUUCCUCACAUAAAUUAUCUGAAAAUCAAAAUGGAAAUCUGCAAUAAUGAGCCGGUGUUCUUUGAAACGGUUGUUCCUUUCGUCGACAUCGAUACAGAUGGUUUAAUAGAUACAGAACGAUUCCUUGAAGCCUCCAAAUGUAUAGUUAAAUUUGUCGAAUUUUUCGGCAUCACUUUUAAGCCUGUUAAAAACGAUAUCGAUGGCAACAUCAAUAAACUAAUGAACAUAUUUGAUACGGAUAAAUCCAUGUUUAAGCAUUUGAAUACGAUAGUGAAACUUGAAAAAGAGACACUUAAAGAUGAAGACCUACACGUCGGAACGGAUGCAUUGACAUGGCUAAAUCGAGCUCUGAUUUACAAUCAAAUUUUCCUCUCGUUAUUUCUAGAAGAUUACAAACAAGUUGACGAUGAAGAAAGCUUGCAAAACUUGCCCGAAGAUUUGACCAAACACUUUGAUUCAGCUUACGAGUUAACAUUGAAGAAAUACCAUGGAUGGUUAGUAAGAAAGAUAUUCAGUUGUUGUCUGAUGGCUGUUCCAAGUAGAACCAAUCUUCUAAAAUAUCUUGGAUAUCUGAAUUUAAACAUGCCAUUGAUCGAAUUACGACAAGUGAUCAUCAAGUCUAUCGAUAAUUAUCUUAAACAUCUAAAAUCAAACACCGAAGCAGUGGCCAUUUUAUUAUUGGCUCAUGGAUUUCAGCCUUGAUCAUUUAAACAAUGUCUUAUUUAAUUACAAAGAAAGGAUUUAUAUUCGAUAUUACAAUUACUACACUAGAACAUUUGUUGCCAUUCGAGUUAAUCUUGUUCAUUUAAUGUUUCACAAUUCACAUCU